UGCUGCAGUAAGAAGAGCGGCGUCGAGACAGACUGGGAAGACUCAACACUACCACCUCCAAUAACUAUACUGUACAAUGAAACUGUUAGCAAUAUCUCCCUCUCUCGAUAUCCGCUUCGUCACGGUCAUACUCCUGGUGAUGGGCCUCUCUACUCCUGGACAAGCAGAAAUCACCAGUCUGGACUCAGGCAACAUUGAUGAUGUCCUAAAUAAUGCUGGGGUGGCAUUAGUGAAUUUUUACGCAGACUGGUGCAGGUUCAGUCAGAUGCUCCAUCCAAUUUUUGAGGAGGCAUCUAACAUAGUGAGGGAAGAGUUCCCUAAUACCAAGCAGGUGGUGUUUGCCCGUGUUGACUGUGACCAACAUUCGGACAUAGCCCAGCGGUACCGCAUCACCAAGUAUCCGACGUUGAAGUUGUUCCGCAAUGGGAUGAUGAUGAAGAGGGAGUACAGGGGUCAGAGGUCGGUAACAGCCAUUGCCGACUUCAUCCGCCAGCAGCAGGUUGACCCCGUGAAAGAGAUACAUUCAUUGGAGGAGGUUAAUACUGUGGAUAGAAGCAAGAGAAACAUCAUAGGUUACUUUGACCAGAAGGACUCCGAUAACUACCACACGUAUGAAAAAGUUGCCAACAUCCUUCGAGAUGAUUGCAUGUUCUUGGCUGCUUUUGGCGCUGUAUCUGAGUCUGAGCGCUUCAGUGGAGACAAUGUAAUCUACAAGCCUGUGGGGGAGAGCGUCCCUGACAUGGUCUACCUCGGCUCACUCACCAACUUUGACCUGACCUACGCUUGGGCCCAGGACAAGUGUGUGCCUCUGGUCAGGGAGAUCACCUUUGAAAAUGGAGAGGAGCUGACUGAAGAAGGAAUCCCUUUCCUCAUCUUGUUCCACAUUAAAGAAGACGCAGAGAGCUUAGAGAAGUUCCAACAUGAAGUGGCUCGUCAGCUCAUCAGCGAGAAAGGGUCAAUAAACUUCCUGCACGCAGACUGCGAGAAGUUCCGCCAUCCUCUGCUCCACAUCCAGAAAACUCCUGCUGACUGUCCCGUCAUAGCUAUAGACUCAUUCAGACACAUGUAUGUCUUUCCCGACUUCAAAGACCUCUCUAUCCCUGGCAAGUUGAGACAGUUUGUGCUGGACCUUCACUCUGGAAAGCUACACCGAGAGUUUCACCAUGGUCCUGACCCCACGGACAGCACACCUGGACAGGAGGAAACGGGAGGCGAGGUGGCCAGCAGCCCUCCAGAGAGCUCAUUCCAGAAGCUGGCGCCCAGCGAGACUCGCUACACCAUCCUCAGACGGGACCGCGACGAGCUGUGACCUCAGCAGUCUUCCAGUGAUCCUGUGACUCAAUGCCACGCCCCAGGGUCAGGGAGGGGGUUAGGGUUGGGACAGGCCAGCGGGACAGAACAGAAACACCCAACACCCUUACUGAAGAGAGAGAGAUGGAGAAGAGGAGGAGACUAAAGAGGAAGGAGGAGGAGGAGAAAAAGAAGAACAGGAGGAAGAGUGUAGUCCACGACACAACCAUGUUGGAAUAACCUAUAUUUUCAUAACUCUUUCAUGUACAAUUUUUAUUUUGGAUCAAAAGGAAGCGGGGUAAAGAAGAAAAUGUGUGUGGGCAGUGGUUAGGGGCAUUAGGACAUCAAGAGAAGUGUUUUUACUUUUAUUUUUUGGAGCUUGUAAAUAUGUUUGUGCUACAUGGGAGUCUCAUUGUUGGUCUAAAUUAAAUGCAGAGUUUUCUUUA